GGAAACACCAUUGAAUCUGAACACUUGUCUGAACUCACAGAGGAAGAGUAUGAAGCUCAUUAUAUAAAGCGGCAGGAUCUGAAAGGCUUUAUGUGGCUUGAUGUCAGAUAUUUGAAUCCUUUCUUUACCAGACGGCUCACCCAAGAGGACCUACAUCAUGGGCGCAUACAGAUGAAAAGCCUCACCAACAAAUGGUAUGAGGAGGUACGACAAGGACCUUCUGGAUCAGAAGAUGAUGAGCAGGAGUUGCUGUAGCAGACUGUUGGGUGUGUCUGCACUUCUGCUGACAUCUCCAACUUUAAUUUUAAGGCAGACAGUCUUAUACACACAUGCCAUGUACAACUUGGUAAGGUUGUUGUCAAGUGACUCCUUUGUCCAGUAUGAAGUUGUGUCAUGUGCUGGAAUGCAAGAUCAUCUCUAAUGCCAUUUUUUUUUAGUUUUUUGAAAUUAUAACACCUGUUCAGGCAGCAAUUAUCCCAAAUACAUUGGGAUAAUUAGAACCAUGGGUGGUACUGUCUGUGAUUGUCUACUGUAAAUGUACAGUUAAAGAAAAUUCUGUAGAAGAGCUUUACAAAAGUUUAGCGCACUUUACUUUUGUCAGUACACUGGCCCCAUACUGGAAGGACAGUGCUGUAAAUUUGUAUAUCGAUGGUGAGCAAGUAAGUGAAUAUUUAAGGCCUUUCUUUACAUUGCUCUUUAACUAUUUAACAAACUCAGGGUACAGAUUGACAGAAGGCAGAAGCAGCUAAUUAGAGCCUCUUGGCCUUUGGGAUUUCUAGAAAUGUUUGUUCCAAUUUUUUAUUUCUAAGUUUGAAACAACUUGACACACAGUUUUCCAUACCAUAACUUCAAAUCAUUUGGUUCCAGAAUAAAGCUUUAUUUGAAAUCUAUCAAGCUUAAUUUCCACCCUUCUCAUUCUCUUCCUUUGAGAACUGCUCCAUAGCACAACUCGGGAUGGGUGGCUUGAAGCCAGAGCAUAGAAGAGGCAAAUAAGCAAGGAGUUUCUUUUUCUGGGAAAACCUUAAGACUGUAAACAAUUCAGCUGCUUUUUAUUAUUCACAGAUUAGCCUUUACAUACUGUUUAAUUUUUUUAGAUGCUUGCAGAACCAUGUGUGCUAUUGCAGAACAUCAACUCAUAUAAUAACUGUACCUUUUAAAAAAAAUCUGGCUGUGGAAUAUUACUGGAACUUUGCCAUGAAUGUAAAACAUUGGCUGAUGGAAUAUUAUCACAUUAAAAGUGAGG